AUGGAGACUAAAGUGGCACGAGAUCAUGCGGAACGGUUACGUGUUAAGAUUGGCUAUGAAGGACUGUUUUGUGUUGACAGUGAUGGUUUAAGUGGUGGUAUAGCAUUGCUGUGGAAGAAGAAUUGUACGGCACGACUAAUCAGUUACUCAACGAACUAUGUUGAUGUUGGGGUAACUAUUGCAGGCUUUCCUGAAUGGCGAAUGACGGGAUAUUAUGGGUUUUCUGAACGAACGAGACGCACUGAGUCUUGGGAUCUUCUGAGAACGCUUUCGGGUAGGUCAAAUCUCCCGUGGGUUGUUAUUGGAGAUUUCAAUGAUCUAUUAUAUCAGAAUGAGAAGAGAGGGGGAAAUCCGCAUCCGAACAGCCUCCUACGCGGUUUUGGGGAAGCUAUUGAGGAUUGUUGGGUUGCUCAGUUGCCUAUGGUUGGCUAUCCGUACACAUGGGAGAAGGGGAAGGGGAUAGUAAACUGGAUGGAGGAGAGGCUUGAUAAAGUAUUAGUGACGGAGGAGUGGCGGAGUAUGGUGAUGGGGGCAAAGGUGAUGAAUCUGAGAACCCGGAAGUCCGAUCAUUCGGCUCUCUUUUUGGGGAUCCAAGAUUAUACUAGUCUUGGGCCUCGUAGGAGAGGAUUUCGGUUUGAGAUGGCCUGGUUGCACGAUGAAGGGUGUAGGAAUGUGGUAGAGCAGUCUUGGCAGGAGGGGAGGGGCCAGGGAUUGCAGAACUGCAUUCAGUACUGUGGGACCCGGUUAACACGAUGGGGUGGAGACCGGCAUCAUAAGUACGGAAAACGAAUUAAGGAACUCACAAGAGAGCAGCACCGACUGAGGGGGCAUACUGACCCGGCUUCCCUAGCUGAGUUCCGGCGUCUAGAGCAGCUGUUAAGCUGUACUGAAGCUCAGGAGGAUGCCUACUGGAGGCAGAGAGCCAAACAACAUUGGCUGAAGGAGGCGGACGCUAAUACGAAGUUUUUUCACAGGUAUGCCUCUCACCGAAAAAAGAAGAAUACUAUUUCUAGAUUGAUGAAUGAUAAUGGGGUUUGGGUUGAGGGGGAUCCUAUGAAAAAUAUUAUUCUGCAGUACUAUAAUGGUAUCUUUUGUGCGGGAACCCCGGGAACAGGGGAGGAGUUUUUUGAGGGAAUUAUCCCGCGUAUUACGCAGGCACAGAAUGAGUCAUUAUUGCGCCCGUUUGAACUUGAUGAGAAAACCCCGGAAUAUGUCACUGACUUACGGCCUAUAGCCCUCAGUAAUGUGGUCUAUAGAGUUAUGGCAAAAAUGUUGGCUAACAGAAUGAAGCCAUUAAUGGACGGAGUAAUAUCUGAGUCACAGAGCGCAUUUAUCCCAGAUAGACUAAUAAUGGAUAAUAUAUUAUUAGCUGCAGAAGUGGGACAUUUUCUGAAUAGGAAGCAAUGUGGAGUGGGGGGAUGGAGUGCUCUAAAGCUAGAUAUGGCGAAAGCAUAUGAUCGGGUUGAAUGGUCUUUCUUGCGAAAGAUGAUGUUAGCGCUGGGUUUUCAUGCUGGUUGGGUGGAGGUGAUUAUGAAGUGUGUAACCUCUGUCUCAUAUAAUAUUCAGGUGAAUGGUACGAAGUGUGAUCCAAUUAUACCCACUCGUGGAAUAAGGCAGGGGGAUCCUUUGUCCCCAUAUUUAUUUAUUAUCUGUGCAGAGGGCCUAUCUAUGAUGUUACAGCGGGCACAUAAUGUUGGAUUAAUACAUGGCUGCAGGGUAACACGAGGAGCCCCACCGAUUUCUCACUUGUUUUUUGCUGAUGAUAGUUUGUUGUUUUUUAAAGCAAAGGCAGAGGAAGCAACUGAGGUUAAGAAAUGUCUGUCUGAUUAUGAGGGGUUAUCUGGCCAGGCAAUAAAUUACCAUAAGUCCAGUAUAUGCUACAGCAGGAAUACUAGUAGCGAGGAUAGGCAAAGUGUGGCUCAGAUUCUGGGAGUGACACAGACACCAAAUUUUGGAAAGUAUUUGGGACUUCCCUCUUUUGUUGGAAGACACAAGAAAGCAGUUUUUGCGUAUGUGGAGGAUAAAAUUCGUCAAAGAAUUGGGUCAUGGAAUAAAAAACUGCUAUCACAGGCGGGGAAAGAAAUCCUCUUGAAAACUGUAGCACAAUCUAUGCCUACGUUUUCAAUGAGUGUUUUUUUGUUACCUGUAUCGGUUUGUACGGCAGUGGAGAGGACAAUGAAUCGGUAUUGGUAG